UCCAUGACUGUGUACUAGCGCUUCUUCUAACUAACUUGAUGACGGCAGGCUUCAACAUUUGCACGAUGAUACCAAUUUUACCGGUCCAAUUCUUGACAUUUGUUCUACAAUUAACAGGCCGUGCAUUUCUCUUUUCAAUUCUAGUGGCUUUCCUUACAAUGGCAUUUCCAGCUAAAUAUUUCGGUUGUGUUUAUGGUACUUGCCGGAUUAUCGCAGCAUGUAUUGCUCUCCUACAGUACCCCCUUUUUCAGAUGGUCCAAGAAUUAUUUGAUGAAAAUCCAUUUUAUGCGGACCUGCUCCUUCUAUUCUUGAACUUAUGUAGCCUUGCUCAACCGAUCUACGUUUACUACUUUGUGGCGAAAAAGAAGUACCUGCAUGAAAAUUGAAAAAAUUAACCGAGUUUU